AUGGAAGCCGCUUACAACGAGGUUUACGAGAAAAUCGCCCUUAAUACGGAUCGCUUCAAUCUUGGCGAUGAGGAGUAUUGGGGAAACAUAGGAAAUUAUUUCGCUCAACAAGGCAUCAUUGUCGUGAUUGCUAAUCACCAACUCGUCCCCUACAAAAAGGACGAAGUUUCUUCCAAGGAAGCAGAGCAAACAACCAUCAAGUAUCCUGCGGGCGCCGACGACGUACAGCUUGUCCGAGAAUGGAUCUACAAGAAUAUCAGCUCUCCAAAAUUUGGUAAUGGUUCUGUUGACAAAGUAGUGCUAUUCGGGCACUCUUCCGGUGGUGCUCAUAUCGCCAUGAAUCUGUAUGCGGCAGGUGACCCUGAGCGCACUGUGACCAGAUCCGACAUUUUCCCACCGGUGGCUGGCGUGAUAUAUCUGAGUGUGCCAUUCUGGUACGACCGAACUCGUCCUAUUCGUCAAAAGAUUCUUCAGCGAUACUAUGGAUCGGAUGCCGAGGAUGUCUGGGGGCCUCGGUCUUCACUCGGUCUGUUCAAAAGUCUACCAAAAGACUCACCAGCUCUAGAUGCUAUCAAACUUCCGACCUACGUUGGUACUGUCAAGUGGGAGGUCAAGGAGGCUUUUGAUGGGGCCAUCGCCUUCUUAAACGCUUAUCGUGAACGUGCCCAACCGGCUGGCACGAACGCUAUUUUCCAUGUAUUGGACAAGCACAAUCAUCUCAGGUGA